CUGCUUGAGCCAGAGCCUUGGACAACUUUCUUUCGGCUUUGCAUGGUUAGCACGCUUAUGAUGGCCAUUGACUCGCCUCAUUCUCAAGAUCGGAGAGAUCUGUUGUCGUGCAGUGGCCGUACACCACGCCAAUCCCGUUCAUAAGACCUCGAUACCAAGCACCAGCACCAUGGCUUCGACGACGACGGCGACCGAGUCCACGCCUCUUAUCGCCAACCGCUCAAGUUUAUCUUCACAAACUACUCCACCGAAACCGCCGCGCACCGUCACUUUCAAUCCCACAGUGUCGACCAGCAGUCCUUCGGGCAGUGUCCGUCUUCCUCUGCCCGCUACUGCCACAAGUCCGGCCCAGUCUGGCAUUCUCUCCAACCUCAACAACAAACUUCGACGAAGACAUAGCCAAGGAGCUCCCUAUAUCCCUCCAAACCUGCAAGGGUCACGAAUUGGCCCGCAAAGAACGACGAAGAAUGCCGAAAAGCUGAAGAUACUGCCGGAUCCAGAUCACGGGGAGGAUGGGGCCGAUGAGGAGUCCGGCCGCGAAGUGUACUCGCAGUUCACGCGGAUAACGGAUCCGACAGCGAGGCGAGAUGCUGCAAGGCUAGGCAAAGCGGACAGAGAUCGUCUGCCUAGGGUUACGGCGUACUGCACCGCCGGCUCGUACAGGCUGGACGACCUGACACGCUUCCUCAAGGGCAAGGCGAGGUCGAGAGGCGCUGCGCCCAAGCGUUUCGACGAAUGCCUGUACACGCCGUAUCGAUACGAACACCCGGCCAUUGACAAGCCUCUGAGGAAGAGGCGGCGGUCUGGCUCGCAGGGAAGCUAUACGGUGCACAGAAGAUACUCCGACUCGGUGGUCGAAGUUGACGGCCACGAACAGCGGCGCGACGACCUUGUGAACGCACACGGCGAAGCGGCUGACGUCUCAUUCGACGGCGGCCAAGACAUGCUCACAGUCACCGUCCCAGACCAGGUCGCCGAAGACGACGAUGUCCCGGACGGCAUUCCCGGCCCAUCGAACAGCAACGACGGCGAUCUCGACAUCGACGUAGACAUACCCGAGAUAUUCAUCUUUGACUACGGCACGGUGGUGAUUUGGGGCAUGACGCAACAGCAAGAGCACCGAUUUCUCAAGGAGAUCUCCAAGUUCGAGGAGGAGAAGUUGGACAAGGACGCCGUGCAGACGGAGGACUUCAACUUCUACUACACCAAAGAGUACCAGGCGCGGAUAUACAAUGACUUUAUCAGCUUGCGGGACAAGAAGAACUACAUGACCAAACUAGCCAUCAGUCACGCUCUGAGCCAGAGCGUCAAGACUUCCCUGUACGAAUCCCUUGUAGAUGCCACGAUCGAAGCCACAAAGGAUCUCCCCACCCAACUGGCGCUGACCGGCCGCAUCGCGCUCAAGCGUCAGGAGAUCAACAUGCAGAUCGGCGAGCUUUUCAUCCUGCGCAUCAACAUUCAUCUGCAAGGCUCUAUUCUCGACACGCCCGAACUCAUGUGGGCAGAGCCUCAGCUUGAGCCUGUGUACCUGGCCGUGCGAUCGUACCUGGAGAUGAACCAGCGCGUGGAGCUGUUGACGGACCGGCUGGGCGUGCUAGAGGACCUGCUCCGCGUGCUGAAGGAGCAGUUGGGCCAGACGCACGGAGAGUAUCUGGAGUGGAUCGUCGUGGUCCUCAUCGCGGCCGAGAUUCUGGUCGCCGCCGUGAACAUUGUUGUGGAUUUGUAUGCGGGGGUAGAUUGAGUGGCGUGACUUGGAUCCUGUAUGAAUCUUUUGCCUGUACUUUUCUUUUCUUAUUUUGUUUUUUUUUUUUUUUUUCAGCGGAUGUAAGAGGAUGGAGAGGCUGUGCUUUCACGCUUUGAAUUCACUUGCGCGACGUCGCGUUCACGGAACAGCUUGCGCAAAGUACAGAGCGAGCAACGCUUCCAGCGCCUUGUUCUUGACCGCUAUAGUAAAUGGGAGGGCUUGAUUUGGAAGCGAAGCUUUCAUUCGUG